CAAACUCUGUUUGCUCGAUCCCUGACGGCAGCAUAAUGUCAAUAGUCUAAGGCUUUGAGCCGCUUACACCAAUUCGCUUAACAGUUUGUGAACAGUGUCCGAGGAGAUAACGCGAAGUGGUUGUUAUUCAUCGCAAAAGAAUGGUGGUUAUAGGAGAAACGAUUGUUAAAGAAGGGGGUGACAUCACAUACAAGGACAUGAUUGACGAGCCACAUUUAGAAGACUCCCAGAUCCAGAAAAUGUUCGCAGGAGCCUCGGUGUUCUUAACUGGCGGCACUGGAUUCCUUGGGAAACUCUUUAUUGACAAAUUACUCAGAUCUUCUCCUGGCCUAAAAAAGUUGUACGUUCUCGUCAGAGCCAAGAAAAACAAGGAGCCAGUAAAGAGAUUAGAGGAGCAAUUGAAUGAUGUUCUAUAUGAUCGACUUCGGAAGGAACAGCCCGACUUUAUCAAAAAAAUUUACGUUGUUGAGGGAGAAGUCAACGAAGAGAAUUUAGGGAUGUCUGAAACGGAUAGGCAGCUGCUUAUCAAUGAGGUGGAGUUCAUAUUCCACGGGGCUGCUACUGUUCGUUUCGACGAGCCUUUAAAGGUCGCUGUCGGAACCAACGUUCGAGGGUCCAGGGAAAUGCUGGUACUCGCCAGGGCUUGUACAAAGUUGAGAGCGUACGUACACAUCUCAACUGCCUACAGCUACUGCACACAACUUGAUAUUGACGAAAAGUUCUACAAAAGCUCACUAGAGGGCGACAAACUCAUUGACUUGGUCGAAAACAUGGAUGACGCUAUUUUGAAAGACAUCACGCCUGGGUUGGUGGGAGAUUAUCCCAACACAUAUGCUUUUACCAAAGCAGCCGCUGAAGAUAUAGUCUUAAAAUACUCUAAGGGACUACCAGUUGCCAUGGUCAGGCCAUCUAUUGUUAUCGCUACAGCAAGAGACCCUAUUGUAGGAUGGAUUGACAAUGUAUACGGACCUACUGGGGUAGUUGUUGGUGUAGCAGUUGGCCUUCUUCGAGUGUUAAUGUGUAACCGUGAUGCAGUCGCUGACCUGGUACCAGGCGAUAUGGUUGUAAACGCAUGUAUUGCUACUGCCUGGAAAACUGCAAAAGAUUAUCCUGGAAACCAUGAGGAUGCUCCACCUCUUGAUCAAGCUCCGCCUGUGUAUAAUUUUGUUUCUUCAGAAGAAAAUCCACUUACUUGGGAUAAGUUCGUGCAACUUAAUCGUCGUUACGGUUUUGAAGUACCCACUAUUCAAGCUGUAUGGCAUUACAUCUUACUCUUCACAACUUCUGAAUACAUAUUCAAUUUCUACUGUCUUCUACUACAUUGGAUACCUGCUUACCUCAUUGAUGGCAUUGCUGUACUUAUUGGAAAAAAACCUGUAUUGAAAGUUGCGUACUAUAAAAUAGAAAAGUUCUCACGCGUCAUUGGCUACUUCGCGUGUCGGUCUUGGAAGUUCUCCAAUCAAAACGUCCAGAGUUUAUAUAAAGAACUAUGCGACGCUGAUAAAGAUAUUUACGACUUUAAUAUCGCGCAAUUAGACUGGAAGACGUAUUUCUAUAAUCACGUUCGGGGAAUAAGGUUGUAUUUGCUCAAGGAUCCCAUGGAGACGGUGCCACAAGGACUGAGAUGGUAUUUGAAACUAAAAGUAGCUCAUUAUUUCAUUUUAGCGAUUUUAUGUCUUAUUGCAUUCAAAUUAAUGAGUUGGAUAAUUUGCAUGUUUUUAUAAUUGUAAUUUAUUGUACUUAAAUUGUAGUUGAAGUAUCAUGACACAUAUUGGUGACAUAUAUCUGUCAUGUAUCAGAUAUAUGUCACCAAUAUGUCGAAAAGCCUUAUUCUGAGUCGUUAAAGUUGUCUAUAAGAGAUUAAGAAACUCGGAGAGUGGAAACUUGGAAUUUUUCUCCGAAAAUUUAUUAUGAGUUAAAGUCGAUAUGUAUUCGUGAUCCCCAACUGUCAAGUGACUUUUAAAAUCGUUGUUUUUGUCUUUUGUGUAUUAUAAAUUGGUGUGUUUACAUGGUUGUGCAAGUUUUUUUUUUAUUUUUAUAAAAAAAUAAUCUUAUUUGUGAAACAAUUUAAGGACACGUCUAUAGUUACUUACAACUUGUGUAUUUAUUUUACAUAAAUUGUAUUUGUGAUGUGUAUGUCAUUAUUAUUGAUUAAAUAAUUAAAUAAAAGCGGGAACACUAUCGCUAUCACUUUUGUAAGUUACACGGUACAGCCUUGCGAUUCUGUAACUCACUGAAAAGGUAUUCUGAUAAGGAGGGAGGUUGUACUUUAUUGUUUAUCGGAAACUUUUUUUACUUUAUUGUUUAUGC